UUCUCCAUCUUUCGACCUCAUUUCUUUUCUUUCGUCACUGCCCGUCUUUUCUUCUUCAGCUAAAACGACUAAAGCUAGCUUCAUACAAGGAUAAGGUAAACUUAUGCAUAUUAAUUGUAGUGUACUCAUAUUCAGAUAUUUUCUGCAUGAGACAUCUUCUCCCGGGUAGAAAGAUUGAAGAAAGACACAUAGCUAGAGGAAAAAGGAGGUAAUUUUUGUGCACAUGGUCCUAGAAAGGUGUGUUUUAGCUUAGUGGAUUUUGUUUCAUUUCUGGUUAUAUAUAAUACCAUCUGAUUCUGCUAAAGAGGCGGCUUAUCCAUUUUAUUAAGCUUGCUUGCAUCAAAGUGAGAGCUAAAGUUCGGUCUUUCCCAUAUGUAUAUUGCUAUGCUAUGAGUGGAAGAUACAUGGUAGGAGUAUUCAAGAUGGAUUGCGGUGUUUUACUACUUUUUUUUAAGUGGCUCUAGGAUCUAGGAAGAGACAAAUAUUUGUUAUUGAAAUACUACUAGUAUUAAGUUUGUAAUUCCUUUUUUUUUUUUUUGUGAAUUUGAGAAUAUUAAUCCAAUACAUAUAGUUGCAUAUAUGGAAGUGGAGCAAUAUGUAUUGGCCAUGUUAGAAUUUCGGUAGUCAGGUGGGGAGCUAGUAUAUCUUGUUUUGGUGCUCAAGAAUUUGUUUGGGAAUUGAUUGAAAAACAUAUUUAUGGGUAAAAAGAAAGCGGUGAAAAAGACAAAGGAGUUAUCAGUCGCAAUAGCAGAAUCAUCAUCCCUUGAUGCAGAAGGACAGCAGCAGCCUCUGACUCCUAGGAAAAGAGGAAGACCCCGGAAAAUUAUUGCUGAGAAAACUGAGGUGGAAGAAGUGAAGGAGGAAGAGAAAACAGCACAAGAGGAGGAGGCCCAUGAUGUUGAAGGAGGUGAUUCAAAGAAAGUGAAAACAAGCGAUGAAAAAGAAAAAGGGCAGCCAUCAAAGAUGAAAGAAGACGCCACAACGACGACGAUGACAACAGCAGCAGCAGCAGCAUCAUCCUCUUCAAAAAAGCAGCUUUCGGCUCCAAGGAGCAGAGCCAGGCGCAAAAGUAAGCCAAGGAAGAGCAGCUAAAUCUCGUAGUUGUUGGUUCCAUUAAUUCUUUCUUUCAAGAUUUUUUGGUUGAAUGGAAUUCAAGAAAGAAGAUUGGAGGAAAGAUCAUUAAUGAAUUAAUUUGCCCUUUUUUU